AUGUCAACCGGCAGACCCCCUGACGCAUCACCUGCCAAGGUCGCAAAGUGUUCUGGAAAAGAGAUACUUCCAAUCGUGUUCACAAUUUCAAUUUCCUGUUUGUCGACUACGAUGGAGGUAUUGUUGGCCAAUCUGUACUUUCCGACGCUGUCUCAGUCACCCAUAGAACAGUUCCCUAGCACACAGCACGUCAGAAAUGCUGUGUGCGAUGGUACCUACUGGGCUGCUAUUUAUGCCAACCAUGGAGCAACGGCAAGUUUGGCUGCAGCUUUGGGUUUUGGAGCCGGGACUGGAAGCACGAACUUGGAAUCUCUCACUUUCAUCUGGAAUGGAGCACGGUACCCAGCGUUUUCCCAGGGUGAUAUUUUGACCAACAUUGAGGCUCUCGUACAGGUGACGAGGUCCGCAUACUACCUCCACAAUGCCUCGUACGUUAUUGGGUCUGUCGACCUGGAAAAUGAGCAGGUCCUAAAUGCGUUUUUGGACCCUAUUCAGGCGACAGAGAUUAACCUGCAAUCCACCAAUCUAGGUAAUAGGGUGUUUUACAACACAAUAUCAAUGGUGAUGCCAAUCCUGCAGCAAUUCUUCUUCAUUAUAGCUCUCAAUGGUAUUUCAGCCCAAUUUCGCGUCUUUACUCGGUUACCCUGGGCUAUAAACGCGCUUUUUCGAGCAGCUCUCGCAACAUUUUACACCUUCAUCGCUGCUCUGUGUACGACAGGCUAUAUUUGGGGUUUCAAGGAAGACUGGGAUGUGGGUGCUAGUCAGUUCGUGCUUAGCUGGAUGGCUUACUGGCUCUAUAUGAAAAUCAACUUUCUCUUCUUUGAGAUAAUGACCACGUUCCUUCCUGUUUCCUUCAUACCAUUCGGUGUGCUUACCUGGGUACUGGUCAACGUUGCAAGUACCAUAAGUCCAUUUGAACUAAAUCCGACGUUCUUUCGGUGGGCGUAUGCACUCCCUUCACAUGAAGCGUACCAAUUGUUGGUUCAGAUUUGGAGCAACGGGUGUGACAAUCAGUCAUAUCGCGCGCUCCCCAUCAUGUUUACCUGGUGGAUAGUUUGUGUGCCCAUUGCCGUACUGUGUGUUCGAUACCGCUGCAUUACUGCUACAGCGGCCGAGCGUGCGAGCGAGACCAGUGCAGUGAAGGUUCAGCAAGCUCAAAAAGAUAGUCCUGAUGCUGGGACAAGCAUGUCGAUUUAG